AAUGUAUGCAGUCGGUGGCUUGCCUUGAUCCACCCCCAUGUGGCUGAAGCACCAACACUGUCUCACCCCACUGUGCAGUGGGGCAAUCCCCAAGCCUUGUGGGCUGGGUCAAGCUGAUUGCAAUGCCGUUCUUAAAGGUCUACAGCCUGUUUUUCAAGAGCAGGGAAUGACAGAAACAAUUCAUAACUGGGAAGAUCAUGGUUACUUAGCAACUUACAUCAACAAAAAUGGCAGUUUUUCCAAUCUGAGAAUUUACCCUCAUGGAUUAGUAUUGGUGGAUCUGCAAAGCUACAGUGAUGAUAUGAACGGCAGAGAUGAAAUUGAUCAUCUUCUAAAUAAGAUAGAAGAAAGAAUGAAAGAGUUGUUCCACAGCAGUUUCAAAAGGAUAAAGCGAUUGCCAGCAAUUAUGAGAGGAGAAGCCAUUGAUAGAUACUGGCCCACAGCUGAUGGCCGUUUGGUAGAGUAUGACAUAGAUGAGGUUGUUUAUGAUGAAGAUUCAUCUUAUCAGAAUAUUAAAAUUCUACAUUCAAAACAGUUUGGGAAUAUUCUUAUCCUCAGUGGGGAUGUUAAUCUGGCAGAGAGUGACCUGGCAUAUACACAAGCCAUAAUGGGCAGUGGGAAAGAAGAUUUCACUGGGAAAGAAGUGCUGAUCCUAGGAGGUGGUGAUGGGGGUAUACUGUAUGAAAUAGUCAAACUGAAACCAAAGAUGGUCACCAUGGUGGAGAUUGACCAAAUGGUGAUUGAUGGGUGUAGAAAAUUCAUGCGUAAAACAUGUGGAGAUGUCUUAGACAAUCUUAAAGGAGAAUGCUAUCAGGUUCUAAUAGAAGACUGUAUUCCAGUACUGAAGAGGUAUGCCAAAGAAGGAAGGAUGUUUGAUUAUGUAAUUAAUGAUCUGACAGCUGUUCCAAUCUCCACAUCUCCAGAAGAAGAUUCUACGUGGGAGUUUCUACGUUUGAUUCUUGACCUUUCGAUGAAAGUCCUGAAACAUGAUGGAAAAUAUUUCACGCAGGGAAACUGUGUUAAUCUGACUGAAGCCUUGACGCUCUAUGAAGAACAGCUCGGCAGGCUUUAUUGCCCUGUGGAGUUCUCAAAGGAAACUGUAUGUGUGCCCUCAUACAUGGAACUAUGGGUGUUCUACACUAUUUGGAAGACGAGAACUGAAGUGUGAAAAUCAAGAUACUCUAACCGUGUGCUGCAUGGAGCCAUUAUAGGCUUGCUGCGUGCUGCAUAUUGACAUCUUGAACCUUUAAAUUAUAUGCUGUAGAUGAUCUUGAAACUUAGUCAUGCCCUUGAUUGUGAAUUCCUUAAAUGUUUUUUAUUAUUAUUUUAAUUUAAAAGCAAAUAGAAAAUGUAUAUUUUGAUGCGCUGGGGUGUUAUUUUUGAAAGUCAACUUAAAAGAUGAAUUUGCAGCAAAACUGUAGCUGCUGAAUGCACUGAACCUUUAGAAUGUGAUCCUUUUUAUUUUAUUUUUUGUAGAUCUUCUUCACAAACUGAUUAAAAAGAGACAUCUUUAGCAUUUAAUUCCU